AUGUUUGACAAAUUCGCUACAUUUUUGCCUCUCGCUUGCGCUUUCUCUGUCGUACUUUCGGUUCCACUUCCCCAGAAUACUGGAAACAGCAACGAAAACCUCCAGCCUUUCGCUGGUGCCCUGGGCGGUCAAGGUCCACCUGCAGUCAGACGCGCUGACAGCGGCUUCACAGUGGAGGGAAAGGGAAGUUUCGACGACCUCGCUUCGGCUCUCGCCGCCUCGUGCGACAUCCUGAAGACUCAAUGCACGAAUGCAGCCAUCUCGGCCGCUGGUCGUGCCUCUGGCCUCACUCUCGCACAAUGCGUGCAACAGGACGACGAAUGCCGCGCCGCCAUUGCGGCUGCAUCGAAUACGCCUACGACUCCUCCGAUUACUAACACUCCUGCGACGAACACCCCUGCUCAAAGCGGCAAUCGCCCCAACGCCCGAAACUACAGUAACGCGCGCCGCGCAGCUGGCGGUAAUGUCCAAACGUUCAACGGCGCUCUUGGUGGCCAAGCUCCUCCCGCGGUCACCCCCGGCGGUCGCGGAUUCCAAGUUGCAGGAGGUGACUCGUUCCCAGAUCUCGCCUCCGCCCUCCGUCGCUCCUGCGACGUUCAGAGAGAGAACUGCUUGAACGCUGGCAUCCCCACCGCCCAGUGCGACCCACAGUUGACCCAGUGCCGUGCUGUUAUCGCCUCAACCCCAGGAGCCUCAACCACGACCCGUCCUCAGAACCAGGCCACUCGUCCCCGUUCCCCGCUCGGUAGACGCCAGGCUCAAGGACAAGGACCUCGUCCCAACGGAAACGGUUCUCAGAACCAACAGAACCAACAGAACCAGCAGAACCAGCAGAACCAGCAGAACCAGCAGAACCAGCAGAAGCCCAACAACGGCAAUGGUGUUCCUCAACCUCCCCUCCCUACGACCACCACUCUUCCUCCCCCUCCUCCGCAGAACAAUGAUAACAACGGCAACCCUCUUCCUCCCGCUCCGACCACCCCUGCUAACCGCCAGCCGUUCAACCCUCCUCAGUGA